CCGAGUCUCCACCAGCCCUGGGUCCCUGGGCUGCUCGGGAAUUCCCCACGUGCGGGGAUUCCACGCGCUCCACGCUCGGCCAAGCGCCCCGCCUCUCAGCGGGACACCUGCUGCGCGCGGCCAGGCGUGGAAGGGGUGGUUGGAAGAUUCCCUUGCGUGAGAGCCGUGACGUCAGCGCGUCGCGGCUGGGCUGUUUCCGAGUCUGCCCUCCCCCGCUUAACCCUUCCUCCUCCGGAAUCCGGGCUCUGAAGGUGAGCCGGGGUGAACGCAGCCACUGCCCGUCACAAACAGUGAAGAAGCUCCUGGAGGAACAGAGGCGCCGUCAGCAGCAGCCUGAUGCUGGUGGGGUACCGGGACAGUUUCCACCUCCUCUGGCCCAGUCCCUGACCCCAUCUGUGAAUGAGAGUGAGGCAGGCCAUUCUCGCUUGCCAGUACACCAGGAGACUGUGGGUUCUGGACUUGGCAGCCUGGCCCCCACCACAGGCUUUCCAGACUGGGACCCCAACACGCAUGCUGCCUACACAGACAGCCCCUACUCUUACCCUGCUUCUGCUGCUGAAGGUUUCCUGACUCCCGACUUCUACCCACCCUCCGACCCAGGGCGCCAGUGUCCAUUUUCUGUGGGGAUGGAGGACCCCCUGGAUACCCGGCUUUAUGCGGAACCUUCCCUGCCACAGGCAGGAUCCUGGAGAGGUUCUGGACUCCCCUCAGGACCCCCACAGAUGCCUCCCGUGACCACCGGACCAUCUCUGGACACAGCCCGUGCUCACAUGCUGGCUUUGGGGCCACAACGGCUGCUGGCCCAGGAUGAGGAGGGAGACACGCUCCUGCACCUGUUUGCGGCUCGUGGCUUGCGCUGGGCAGCAUAUGCUGCAGCUGAGAUGCUCCAAAUGUACAGACAUCUGGACAUUCGUGAGCAUAAGGGCAAGACCCCUCUCCUGGUGGCUGCCGCCGCCAACCAGCCCCUGAUUGUGGAGGAUCUACUGAACCUGGGAGCAGAGCCCAAUGCCACUGAUCAUCGGGGACGUUCUGUCUUGCAUGUGGCCGCUACCUAUGGGCUCCCAGGAGUCCUCUCGGCUGUGAUUAACUCCGGGGUUCAGGUUGACCUAGAAGCCAGAGACUUUGAGGGCCUCACCCCUCUCCACACGGCCAUCCUGGCCCUCAAUGUUGCUAUGCACCCACCUGACCUAUGUUCCCGGGUGCUGAGUACCCAGGCCCGAGACAGGCUGGCUUGUGUCCAAAUGUUGCUGCACAUGGGUGCUGAUCACACCAGCCAGGAAAUCAAGAGCAAUAAGACGGUUCUGCAUCUGGCCGUGCAGGCUGCCAAUCCCACCCUGGUUCAGCUGCUGCUGGAGCUGCCACGGGGAGACUUGCGGGCCUUUGUCAACAUGAAGGCCCAUGGGAACACAGCCCUCCACAUGGCGGCUGCCCUGCCCCCUGGGCCACCCCAGGAGGCCAUCGUGCGGCGCCUGCUGGCAGCUGGGGCAGAUCCAACACUGCGAAACCUGGAGAAUGAGCAGCCUGUCCACCUGCUGCGGCCCGGGCCGGGCCCCGAAGGGCUCCGGCAGCUGUUGAAAAGGAGCCGUGUGGCACCCCCAGGCCUGUCCUCUUAGGACUCAAACCCAGAACCUGGACUGAUUUUCCAGUCCCCACCGUCCUGUGGGACAGCCAGCGUAUGCUAAUGUUGCAAAUCCGUGAUAAUGUAUGUGGAAUGUCCUGCCAUUGGGGUCUUACAUUAAAACCCCAAAAUGGCUGCGGGGGUGUAAACAAUCCCCAAUAUUUGGGGUGGUGUAAUACCCCUCUCCCACCUACAAGGAGCCCUCUUGAUGAUUUCUGUGAAAUCGAGGCCCCUUGAUUGUUUCUGUGAAACACCUGGACCCCUAGCCCUUUCCCCAUUGGGAUCUUUUGGGGCCCCCUCCCCUACUCGACCGUUCACACCUAGAACCCCAGAUGUGAUUUCCCUACACAGUACUUGGAGUACCCCCAAAUAGCUCCCAGUGCCACCCAGUAGAGCUCCUAAGAUGACCCCCCAAACCUCCCCAGGACCCACACCAUUCAGGUCCUUACCUCUGAGACAUAGGAAGGACUCUUCUAGAUGUGAGUUCCCUAGGUCAUAUGCUUUCUAAUUCAGAACUCCACUGGCUGGGCCCCCCUGUCCCCAAUCUCCCCAUUUCCAUUGAAUCCCUCCCCGAUGUGGAACUCCUUAUUAAACUCAAUUUGGACUCAA